AUGGCAACUUUAGAGCAACAAGCUUCUAAACUUUUGGAUUUCAAUCAGAAAUUAGACAUCACUCUACUUGAUAAUAUAGUCGGAUGCCUGUACUCAACUGUUGGAGAACAGCAACGUACAGCACAGGAGAUACUGACAGCAUUAAAAGAACACCCUGAUGCCUGGACUCGUGUUGAUACCAUAUUGGAAUAUUCACAAAACCAGGAAACAAAAUACUAUGCCUUACAAAUAUUAGAGCAAGUUAUUCAAACAAGAUGGAAAAUAUUACCAAGAAACCAGUGUGAAGGUAUUAAAAAAUACAUUGUUGGUCUCAUUAUCAAAAACUCAUCAGACCCUGUAACUAUGGAAAACAACAAGGUGUAUUUGAAAAAGCUCAAUAUGAUCUUGAUCCAAGUAUUGAAACGAGAAUGGCCUCACAACUGGGAUACAUUUAUAAGUGAUAUUGUUGGUGCAUCAAAGACAAACGAAAGCCUUUGCCAAAACAAUAUGGUAAUUUUGAAGCUGCUCAGUGAGGAAGUAUUUGUUUUCAGUACAGGACAACUAACUCAAACAAAAGCAAAACACUUAAAAGACACUAUGUGUUCUGAAUUCAGUCAAAUAUUUCAGCUUUGUCAAUUUGUCCUUGAAAAUUCACAAAAUGCUCCCCUAGUGGAUGCAACACUACAUACUCUGUUAAGAUUUUUGAAUUGGAUUCCCCUUGGAUACAUAUUUGAAAUGAAGUUGAUAAGCACGCUCAUAUUCAAGUUUUUGAAUGUGCCAAUGUUCAGAAAUGUAACUUUAAGCUGCCUGACAGAAAUUGCAGGUGUGACAGUCAGUAACUAUGAGGAACAAUUUGUUGCUCUUCUUGUGCAAACUAUGGAGCAACUUGAAGCAAUGCUCCCUCUCACAACCAAUAUACGUGAAGCAUAUGCUGCUGGUCGUGACCAAGAACAAGUGUUUAUCCAAAAUCUUGCAUUAUUCCUUUGUACAUACCUUAAAGAGCAUGGACAACUUAUUGAAAGAAGAGGGCUUACAAACACUCUAAUGAAUGCUCUACGGUAUCUUGUUUUGAUAUCUGAAGUAGAAGAAGUAGAAAUCUUUAAAAUUUGUUUGGAGUUUUGGUUUGCACUGGCGGCAGAUUUAUACCAAGUUGCACCAUGCUCUCAUACAUCUAACAUGUAUACAUCACUUGGCAAGAGUGUAGGCAGGAAAGCCUUGUAUUCAGAGGUUUUGAGCAGUGUCCGCUACAUAAUGAUCUCUAGAAUGGCUAAGCCAGAAGAAGUAUUAGUGGUGGAGAAUGAGAAUGGUGAAGUGGUACGAGAGUUUAUGAAGGACACUGAUUCAAUUAAUUUGUAUAAGAAUAUGAGAGAAACUUUAGUCUAUUUAACACAUUUGGAUUACCAAGAUACUGAACGCAUCAUGACUGAAAAACUUCAGAACCAAGUGAAUGGUAGUGAGUGGUCAUGGAAAAAUCUGAACACACUGUGCUGGGCUAUUGGUUCUAUCUCAGGUGCAAUGAUGGAGGAAGAUGAGAAAAGAUUUCUUGUUGUUGUAAUUAAAGAGUUGUUAGGACUUUGCGAACAGAAAAAGGGGAAGGAUAAUAAAGCUAUUAUUGCUAGUAACAUAAUGUAUGUUGUGGGUCAGUAUCCCAGAUUCUUAAGAGCUCAUUGGAAGUUUUUGAAAACUGUGGUCAAUAAACUUUUCGAAUUCAUGCACGAGACUCACGAUGGUGUCCAAGACAUGGCAUGUGACACCUUUAUAAAAAUCGCAAUCAAGUGUCGGCGUCAUUUCGUAACUGCGCAGGUUGGUGAAGCUUGCCCCUUUAUAGAAGAAAUCUUAAGCACUAUCAGUUCCAUUAUCUGUGAUUUGCAAACUCUACAAGUCCACACUUUCUAUGAAGCUGUAGGGUAUAUGAUCAGUGCACAAGUGGAUCAAGUGGCACAAGAACAGCUCAUUGAGAAGUAUAUGCUUCUGCCCAAUCAAGUUUGGGAUGAUAUAAUAUCUCAAGCAUCACACAAUGUCGAUAUCUUGAAGGAUCCAGAGGCUGUCAAACAGCUGGUUAGCAUUCUCAAAACGAAUGUACGUGCCUGUCGUGCUUUAGGGCAUCCAUAUGUUGUGCAAUUGGGUAGAAUAUAUCUAGACAUGCUCAAUGUUUACAAAGUAAUGUCUGAAAACAUAAGCCAAGCAAUUGCUUUGAAUGGUGUUGUUGUAACAAAACAGCCACUUAUAAAGAACAUGCGUAUAAUAAAGAAGGAGACACUUAAGUUGAUUGCCAGUUGGGUAUCACGCUCUACUGAUAAAAGCAUGGUAUUGGAAAAUUUCAUUCCUCCGCUUUUAGAUGCUGUUCUCUUGGAUUACCAAAGAACGGCAGUGCCAGAUGCACGGGAACCUGAAGUUUUGUCAUGUAUGGCUGCAAUUGUUUAUAAGCUAGAAGGGCAUAUAACAUCUGAAGUGCCCAAGAUAUUUGAUGCAGUUUUUGAAUGUACUCUUGAGAUGAUAAACAAAGACUUUGAAGAAUAUCCAGAGCACAGGACAGAGUUCUUCCUGCUAUUGCAGGCAGUGAAUACACAUUGUUUUAAGGCAUUCCUAAGCAUACCUCCAGCACAGUUCAAAUUAGUAUUGGAUUCCAUUAUUUGGGCAUUUAAGCACACAAUGAGAAAUGUGGCCGACACUGGUCUUCAGAUUUUAUAUCGGUUGUUGCAUAAUGUAGAGCUGCACCCACAAGCCGCACAGAGUUUUUACCAAACUUAUUUGUGUGACAUUUUAGAACACGUUUUCAGUGUCGUAACUGACACAUCUCAUGGAGCCGGCCUUACCAUGCAUGCUACGAUAUUAGCAUAUAUAUUCUCCAUUGUUGAAGCUGGUCGAGUUACAGUACCUCUUGGACCCACACCUGAUAAUGUCCUCUAUAUUCAGGAAUAUGUGGCCAACCUGCUGAAAAGAGCAUUUCCUCAUUUAACAGACAAUCAAAUUAAAAUCACGGUUCAAGGGCUUUUCAACCUGGAUCAAGAUAUUCCCGGAUUCAAAGAUCAUUUAAGAGACUUUUUAGUUCAAAUAAGAGAGUAUACUGGUGAAGAUGACAGUGAUUUGUUUUUGGAAGAGCGCCUGUUCAAUCUUCGUCAAGCACAAGAAGAGAAGCGAAGAGUUCAGUUAUCAGUGCCAGGCAUUCUCAAUCCUCACGAAUUGCCUGAAGAAAUGCAAGAUUAA